CCUUCCCCGCUGCUCCCCGCCGGGCCCCGCGGCGCACAAAGCACCCGCGGCCGGCCGGCGGCGCCUGCGCGGGGCGGGCCGGGCUCUGAGGGCAGCGGGCUCGGAGCGGGGCCCGGCGGGCAGUGCCGGCCACUGCCGCUGUCAGCGCCGGCGCUCGCAGCAGGCUGCGCCCUCCUCCCUCCCUGCCUGCCCUGCCCCGCCGCCUUCGCUUUGCUUUUGCGCUCUUAUUUUUAAUUAUUAUUAUUUUUUAAAACUUGGAAGAACCCCCGGGAAGCCCCCGCACGGCUCCCGCCCCGCGGCCCGCAGCGCGCUCCCCUCGCGUUGCCCGGGCUGCCGGAGCCCGCUCCCCCUUCCCGACCCGCUCCAGGCUGGGCCUCUGCUGGGCUUUGCGAGCCGGGAGCGCCUCGGCAGCGUCUGCCUCCCCCUCCCGGAGCCGCUCGUCUCCGCCAGCCCGAUAAAUGCUGUUUAUGAGGAUGGACCUGUUGAACUACCAGUACUUGGACAAGAUGAACAACAAUAUCGGCAUCCUGUGCUACGAAGGUGAAGCGGCGCUGAGAGGGGAGCCCCGAAUGCAGCCCCUGCAGUCCCCCGCGCUCAGCAACCACCGCACGGGCCCGCCGCCCAUCAGCCCCAGCAAGAGGAAGCUCAGCAUGGACCAAGGGGACGAGGAGCUGGACUGUGAAAACGACCACGUCUCCAAAAUGAGCCGCAUGUUCAGCCCGCAUCUAACCAAGACUGCCAACGGGGACUACCGGAAGGAGCACCGGGAGCGGAGCCGCAGCCCCAUCGAGCGCGCCGCUGCCCCCACCAUGAGCCUCCACGCCAACCACAUGUACGCCUCCAUCCCCAGCCUGAGCAUGGAGCAGCCCCUAGCACUGACCAAAAACAGCGUGGAUGCAGCCAGGACGGUGGGCAUCUCCCCCAGCCUGAGCAGCGUGGAGCGGCAGCAGAACCGUCCCUCUGUGAUCACCUGUGCUUCUGCCAACAACCGCAACUGCAACCUGUCCCACUGCCCCAUCGCCCACAGCGCCUGCUCCGGGGCUGCCUACAGGAGACCCUCCAGCUCCACCGCUGCGUGUGACCCGGUGGUGGAGGAGCACUUCCGCAGGAGCCUGGGCAAGAACUACAAGGAGCCCGAGCCGGUGGCGAACUCGGUGUCCAUCACGGGCUCGGUGGAUGACCACUUUGCCAAAGCCCUGGGGGACACGUGGCUGCAGAUCAAGGCCGCCAAGGACGCGGUGGGCGGCAGCCCCGAGGCGGCGGCGCGGCGGGGCCAGGCGUCCCCCUCCUCGCACAUGGUCAGCCACAAUCACUCGCCCUCCGUGGUCUCCUGAGGACAGCGCCCUUCCCGCUGGGAGUUGCAUGGUUUGACUGAGCUUGGAACAAGUGCUUCGGUAGUGCUGGGGAGGGGAGGUUUAGUUUGCAACACAUGUUUUUGUGUACUCACUUUGUUGUUUUUUGGUUGUUUUUGUUUUUGGUUUUUUUUUUUGUAAAAGGGUGCCCUUCAAGACGAUAGCAGGAACUAUUUCAUAAAGAUUCAUAUGAUGUAGCAUCCUUUUCUUCCUGCCUCAAUUACCAAAGAAACCUCUGAUGCAAAUCUGCUGCCCCUUAAAAAAAUAAUGCACGCUAAUCCACAAAAGCCAUUACACUUAGUUGGUUGACCCAAGUGCUUUUUUGCUUUUCUUAGCUUCUCAAGACUAGAAUUUGUCUGGUUUGCUUACAUUGCUUUUUUUUUUUUUUCCCUCUGUGAAGUAAUUUUGUAUGUAUAUACUUGAAAAGAACUGUCAUGUAUGAUUUGCACUAUUGGAGGAGGACUGAAGUUGCACAGCAACUUUCUGGAAGAGGCUAAAUAUUUUGAGGGCAAACUGCUGAAAAAAGGGUUUAAGGAUGACAUUUCUAUCAGUUUGAUUUUUCUUAGAGCAAAACAGCUUUGGAAGGGGAAGUCUCAUACAGGUUAUAGGUCUUUCUCUCUUUAGAUUUCAGGUGCUUAGUGCUUGCAACUGGACUGCAUAAUUUACAGAACACGGGCAUUUUUUCCUAAACACUGCAGUUUGUUAGAAUAGAGCUGAGGUUGGAGGGUUCCAUAGUGCUUAACGAUGCAUGUUUUAUGAAAAAUAGCUGGUAUCUAUUAAUGUAUAGACAGUAAGAAUCAUAAUACUUAUUAGCUUCUCUUCAGAAUUAGUUUAUUUUUGUCAGUAACAACCCUAGAUAUACUUACUGCUGGUACAGUUGUACUCUAUGAUAUUUGUAUUUGCUAUUCACUUUAGUGGCAGCAGCACCGAGGGCAGCUCAGGACAGGCCUCGUGCAGCACUGCUGCUUCACAGGGAUCUGCUUCCCAAACCCCAGUCUGUGUAAUCCACCCUGAACUAGCUGCAGGAACUGCUACCCUUACAGAUCUUGGCUGGACAACAGAUCGUUACAGUUUGUGAAAGAUGAUCUUUCCGUUUGUUUAUUUUAUUUUGGUUUUUCUAAGCCUAUCCAUCAGCCUAUGCCAAGUCGCAGCAUACAUUCCUCCAGUAGAUUUUAUACAGGUAUUACUGCAUUUAUUAUCAUUUGCUAUAUUAAUAGCUACUAACUAGAAAUUAGGCAGUAGAGGCAGGCAUAAAACCACAGCUGUGCUAGUGCUAAGAGCUUCUCUUCUUCUUGUUAAGUGUAACUGCUCUCCCCAGUACAUUCCAUCUUCCCAGGACAGUUGCAGCCAGGGCUUGCUUUUUAUCCUGGGCUCCCUGAAAGGAUGGGCUCAGCGUAGGAAGUGAGAACUGGCUGGAAGAUGAACUCCACGUGAUGUAUUAUGGACUAUGUUACAGUAUUGGGUCCAUUGUGGCUUUUAUUUUAUGCUUUUUUUGUUUGUUUUUUUUUUUUUUAAAGUUAAGCUAUUUAAUUUGGAAAAGGUGCAGGGUAGAAAGAGAUCGGGAGAUUGGCUCUUACUCUUGGUGAGAAGGUGGCUGCUCAGUUUUCUUUAAAAAAAAUGAAAAAAACCACAAAAAAAACCCCAACCCAACACCUAAGCCCCCCAGUUUUACACAUUUCACUACCAUCUUACUGGGUAGUCAACGCUUCCUUGCUUUGGCAUUCAGUACCCUACUCUCUGUAGGAAGAUUGUUAAAAGAACACUUUUUUAUAUAGGUAACUUUAAGACCAUCGUUACGCUGUGCGUAAAGAAUGUACAGAGAAAUUUGUAGGUAUUUUUUGAGGAACAAUUAAUUUGUUAAUGAUAUGUAGCUAUUUAAUUUUUCCCUUUCCUUUAUUGUAAUCAUUCUUUUUUUUUUUUUUCGUUCGUUUGUUUGGAGAAAAAAGUUGAUCUUUUUUUUUUUUUUUGUUGUAGAUUUGUCUGUAAUACAGUAAAAAGUGCAGGAACACAGUUAUUCUAUGAGGACACUGCAUUAGCAUCAAUAGCCACUCGUUUGUUAUUGCUACAGGCUACUGAGCAGUAUAACAGUCAAUACUAAUACUGUAGAUGGACUCUGUGGAAAAUGUGACUCCUCUAUUUCUUUGUAAACACAAAUAAGAUAAUGUUUUUAAAGCUAAUAUUUUCAAUAAUAGCUGUUUUACAAGGUUACAUUUACUUAUCUGAGAUAGGUAAAUGGAUUUGAGGGCAAUAAAGAUUUAAUGUGCUACGUCCAGUAAAGCAGAUGCUGGACACAACAAUGUCACAAAAGCCAAAGGGUUGGGGGGAGGUGGAAGGACACUAAACUGAACUCACCAUCACGAGACGUGGUGAAGCUUCUUCACAGAGCCAGGUUAUCUACAGUUCAGUUUGAAAGAUUCUCUCUGUGUUUGUAAAUCUGUAAUAUACCAUUCUUUUGUGGCCUUGUUUCACCUGGAAAAAAAAAAAAAAAAAGGUUUGGCAGGCCAUCUUUUUUUUUUGUACUUAAAAGUAGCCUUAAAGAACAAUAAAGUGCUCUUAAAUCACA